AUGUCUCGUACCUCACUUGGCAAGCGGACAAGGAGUGUCCAAGACCAAGAAGAAGUACAGCUUCCCGCGAAACGUACGAGACGACAGACCCGUGCUGCACAGGAGAACGACGAGAACGCGGAUCCAGAGGCAACUGCUACACCCGAAAGCGACGUCCAGCUUGAGGAUGAUGCCUAUGUCGAGCCCACCGCGAAGACGCUCAGGCGUAGCCAUUCUCAGACUAUCCUAAAGUCAAUUCCGAUCACACCUCAGACCCCACGACACAGAGAUGUGUUUGCCAACUCCCCUUCUACUCCUCGACAGGUUGUCAAAUCCGCAGGCAGACUUUUCCAGCGCACAACACCGCAGUCCCCACUAACUCCCGGCUCUCUUCAAACUGUCUACCACUCUGCGCGACAACUUUUCGCUCGCGGUGCCGACCCCGGUCAACUUGUGGGACGAGAACAAGAACGGGAGCAAUUGACACAGUUUGUCCAAGAAUGCUCGUCUUCCAGUGCCAGUGGAUGUCUUUACGUUAGUGGGCCGCCUGGAACCGGCAAGAGUGCGAUGGUAAAAGAAGUUACAGAGUCGCUGAUGGAGUCGGCAACCGUGCGACAAGCAACUAUCAACUGCAUGAGCAUCAAGUCAUCCAAGGACCUUUACAACACCUUGCUCGAUCUUUUGGGGCACGAAAGCGACCUGCAGGAGACGGCAGCAAUGGAAGCAUUGCAAAAGAUUUUUGUGACGAAGAAGAAAGACUCCCCUGUCUAUCUCGUCGUCUUGGACGAGAUCGACCACAUCCUGACAAUGGGCUUAGAGAGCCUAUACCGGCUGUUUGAAUGGUCCCUGCAGCAGCCAUCGCGACUCGUUUUGAUCGGCAUUGCGAAUGCGCUCGACCUUACGGAUCGAUUUCUGCCACGCCUCAAAUCCAAGAACCUCAAACCGUCUCUCCUCCCCUUUCACCCGUAUUCAGCAGCUCAGAUCAAGAGCAUCAUCACUACUCGCCUGAUGACGUUGCUCCCGAGUGAUAGCAAGCAGACAUCGACCCCUUUUAUUCACCCGGCAGCUAUUGAACUCUGUUCGCGGAAGGUGUCAACUCAGACGGGAGACCUCCGAAAGGCUUUUGAGAUCUGCAGGCGAGCACUUGACCUGAUCGAGUCAGAAACUAGACAGCAGCACGAAACCGAAGCAAGGGAAAAAGUUCUGCAGAUGACACCUUCGCGAAAGCCUUUGUGUGAAAAGGCCAACACUUCCGCCUUCGGGGGGUCAUCCAGAAGCGUGUCCCAUGUUGCGGCAGCGUCUCUGAGAGCCUUGACGGCAGAGACUGCUCCGCGGGCAUCCAUUGGACAUCUGAACAAGGUCACCCAAGCAGCGUUUAGCAAUGGCACCAACCAGCGGCUUAAGGCACUGAAUCUUCAGCAGAAGGCUGCACUGUGCUCAUUGGUGGCCAUUGAGAAACGCAACCGAUCGGCGAAGAUGGCAAAUGGCUUGGCAACUCCAACCAAGUCGCAAACUACAUUCGCCCCGACGGUUAAAACUUUAUAUGAAAAGUACUCCAUCCUCUGCACCAGAGAUUCUGUUCUGCACCCGCUGUCAAGUUCAGAGUUUCGCGAAGUCAUCGGAAGCUUGGAGACGUUGGGCCUGAUUAACGCAGUUGACGGAAAGACGGGCGGGCUCGUGGCAGUACAGACUCCCAGCAAAAGAGGACGCAAGGCAGCAAUGCCUACGGGUGAGGACAAGCGGGUAGCCAGUUGCGUCGGCGAAAAGGAAAUGGAAACUAUCGCCGAGGGUGUUGGAGCGGCAAUCUUGACCAACAUUCUUAGCGGCGAGGCGUUGGAUUAA